ACCCAAAAACAUUAAAAGUAAAAAAAUAAAAUUGGUACAGCAACCAUCAGUUUGAGACAACAAUCUCGAAGUAUGCUAAGAACUAAGAAGUUUCAUAUAUUUGGUGAAAUUAGAUUAACGUUUGUGUCUUCGUGCAUGAAAUUUCUCAUCAACAACAAACCGUGAAGAACAAGAUAAGAAGAUCACAAAGAAAAAGAAGAAGAAGACACAAUUUACCUCUUCCCUUUUUUAUUCUCUUACGCAAUCUUUCUCUCUCUAAACCCUUUCUCUCUCUAAAAAUUUCCCUCUCUAAAAAUUUCCCUCUCUUUACUCACCCUUCAAAUACAACCACAAUGACUCAAUCUCAAUUCUCAAUUUGCUUUCUCUAAUAAAAAAUACACAAAAUGGAAGAUUCAAUUUCAAAUGGUUCAAAUCACCAAUAUUCUCUUCAAAGGCUUCAUUUUUCAGUGAAGAAUUACGAUUGGGGUUUACCAGGUCAACUUUCACAGGUUGCAAGACUCUCUGAACUCAAUUCUGGUUCUCAAUUCGAUCCAAUUAAGCCUUAUGCUGAACUUUGGAUUGGUACUCACGAUUCAGGUCCUUCUUUUCUUGUCUCUGAUAAUGAUGGAAAAAGUGUUACUCUCAAGGAUUGGAUUUCAGAUAACCCUGGUUUUUUGCUUGGUCAUAAAGUUGUUCAGAAAUGGGGCUCUGAUCUGCCUUUUUUGUUCAAGGUACUGUCUGUGGGGAAGGCUUUAUCUAUACAAGCUCACCCUGAUAAGGAGUUGGCUAGGACACUGCAUAAAUUGCUGCCUGAUGUUUAUAAGGAUGGGAAUCAUAAACCUGAGAUGGCUCUUGCUAUCACACAUUUCGAGGCUCUUUGUGGAUUUAUCACUCUUAAGGAGCUUAAGGCUGUGCUUCAUACCGUUCCCGAAGUUGUCGAACUGGUUGGUGCUGCAAACGCAAACCUUAUCUUACAAACUAGUGAUCUGAAUGGUGAAGUGAAGGUUAAACCUGUUCUACAGGCAGUGUUCACACACCUCAUGUCAGCUAGUAAAGAGAUAGUAACUGAUGCAGUAAACAGAUUGAAAAAUCGAUUGCAUAGGGAAAGCGAGGUGAGGCAGUUGACGGAAAAGGAGCAGCUGGUGCUGCAGUUGGAAAAUCAAUACCCGUCUGAUAUAGGUGUGAUAGCGGCUUUCUUUUUAAACCAUGUAAAACUCAGUCCUGGCGAGGCGUUGUUCCUAGGGGCGAACGAACCACAUGCAUAUUUAUCCGGAGAGUGUGUUGAAUGCAUGGCAACUUCUGACAAUGUUGUGCGAGCUGGCCUGACUCCCAAACACAGAGAUGUCCCGACUCUUUGUUCCAUGCUCACAUACAAGCAGGGUUUUCCUGAGAUUUUGCGAGGAGUUUCUAUGAAUCCAUAUGUAAAUAAAUACAUCCCUCCAUUCGAGGAAUUCGAAAUUGAUCGAUGUAUUCUCCCGAAAGGGGAAAGAAUCGUGUUCCCGGCUGUUCCGGGUCCUUCCAUCUUUUUGGUCACGGCCGGAGAAGGAGUGAUGAGCACAGGAUCGCCUAAAGUAUAUGCAAUCACCGAAGGUGAUGUUCUUUUCGCCGCUGCUUACACCGAGAUUAGCGUUGUGAGCGAAUCCGAGUUGCAUCUGUACAGAACAGGGAUUAAUAGCAAUUUUUUUAAAGAUUCUUAAGUUUAGCAAGUGCUUUAUUAAUUAUUAAUUAUUAAUUAUUAAUUAUUUUUGUCAUAUGACAGUCCAAUAAUGCAAUUAUGUGUUGUUAUAUGUAAUAGCAGCAGUUUAGUGUAUACAUGUAACAUUAAUAAUAUCACAUAGAGGCUGAGAUAAAAGUUCAUUGUAGUUGUAUUCCUUUUUUAGUUGUAUUCUUAAUCAUCAUUUAUUAUUUAUA